GCACAUGUUUCUUGCCAUUGGGCUUCUUUUACCUUGAAAAGCGCCAUUGUUAGCGACUGGGCUUCGAAAUAGAUACAGCCCCCAAGCAUCCCUCCUCUCUAGCUCCCACAGGACGUCAGGCGGAGAGAGGGGAAGCCAGAGGCUCGGAGGGUGGAAGGAAAGAUGAGCGCGUUCGGAGGAGAUAGCUGGGCCCGAGAGGCCCAAUACAGAAAGAGGAGAGUCGACGAUCUCAUGCUCUCUUCUCCCUCAUCUUCUUCCUCGGAUUGCAAGCAGCUCUCCAGUGGCAAGCUCGCCUGCGUCGCCUGCCCUCAUAACCCAGUCCUCGACUCUCCUCUCGCCUUCUCUAUGCAUGCCAAGGGAGCUCGACACAUUGCUGCAGUUUACAGGCUAAAAGAAAGGGGAUUAUCAAGACAGGACGAGUUAAACAAGAGAAUAGCCCUGUCUUCUGGUUCUGUCACUGCCUCUAGCAGUCCUUCAAUCGAAGUAAAGGGAGCUAAGGUGCAGAAUCAGCCACUUAUUGAGCAGACACGGAAGGCCAUUCUUGAGAUACAAUCCAAUAGGUCAUGGGAUCAAGUAGGAAAACCUGAUUCAUCCUUUAAAAAUCUAAAUAAACAUGUGUCUCCGCGUAACUCGAAACUAUCUGCCCCAAAUCAUGUGCUAGAGACACCCAUAUGUGCAAGUUUUCAAGAGCCUCAGGGAAGUAGAGAAAUGAAGAGCGUAGUUGUUACUGAAACUGCCGGUAAUAUGCUUGCAGACUGGAAUAAUGAACAACAUAAGCAUCGAGAGAAAGAGCUCAAGUUUAUUGCUGCUGGUUGGAAGCGUGAUGGCUUUGGAAAGUGGUACAAGGAUGAAAAUGUUGAAUUUGACUCCGAUGAGGAAGACCCAAAUGAGACACUAAAAUAGAAGCAACUUCAGCUUAAUAAUUGAUCAUAGUACUAGUGGAAGCACUUAGAUUAAUGGUGGAAAGGCGAAUGGAAAGGACUCAAUUGAACCUUUUAUGGAUUUUUCUGAUGUUUAUCUGAGCUGGUAAGUGAAGUUUUUUGAAGUUGGGUUAUGAAUGAUUUUUGUUCGUUCUCCAAAUGGAGAAAGCUUUUGCUUCUAUGAAUCGUCAGCUGGUAAUCUCAUCUUUUUUUUUAUUUUGGGAAAAAGUGUAUCACUCUUACUUAAACAAGUACAAAUGCAGUUCUGUUCAAAUGUGGAUUGUGUUGUACUGAACUGAGUUCACUAAUUGACCCUUUGAAGCAUUUUCUUUUAUGUUUCAGAGAAGUAAAUCCCUUUUUGUUUCC